AUGUUUAAACUUCUAGUUAUAGUAUUUGCAAUCACCAUAAACCAAGUUUAUGGGGAAAACAUAAUUGUAAGCAGUUCAAUUACAGGAAACCUCUGCACCCUCAAGUCGUCUAACUCUUCAGGAGUAUGCAAACUAUUAAAGGAGUGUGAGGCGGUUCAAGACGAAGUAACGUCUGGUCACAAUGCGCCCCAAAAUUGCGGCUACCAAGGAAUCCAAUCCGUAGUUUGUUGCCCAAACUCUCGUCGGCCAGGAGAUAUCACCGAAAGAAGAUAUCAGAACGAAGAUUCUGGGAAUCUUACGUGGUUAUGUGGAGGAUCACUUAUCAGUGAAGAAUAUAUUUUGACAGAUGCACAUUGCUUCCUUCCAGGUGGCUAUCUUGAACCAAAAUCAGUGUUGUUGGGGGUCACAGAUGUUAACGACACUAACCACAGACAAGAAAUAAAAAUAGCAAGUAUAGUGGUACAUCCAGAAUUUAAAUUUACUACCCGUCACAACGACAUAGCACUUUUAAAAUUGGAAACACCCGUAGAGUUAAAUUCUUAUGUUCACCCGGCUUGUCUCAACACACACUUCGACAUUCCCGUUUCGCGAGUUAUUGCAACUGGAUGGGCAUAUACACGACUAUCAAACUUGUAA